AUGACGAAGAGUGGGUUUAUGCCAGGGAAAGGUUUAGGCUCUCAUUUACAAGGAAUUACGUGUCCAAUUAAGGUUUUGGAUAAUUGUAAUCGCCAAGGGUUAGGGUAUGAGCCUACCCUAGAAGACCAGAUGAAAGACAAAGCAAGCUUGGCAAAAGGCAAAAAGGCUAGUAAAUUGGAGAUUCCACACAUUAAAGAAUCCUUCCCAGGCCCGUCUGAGAUGAAGAUGGAUUUUGUUUCUUCUGAUUCCAUCUCCCACCCAGAGAUUAAUAAACCCUGUGAAGAUGAUUCAUUCGUUGCCACUGAUAUGCAUGAUUGUGAGUCUGAUGAUGAAGACAUAAUCCAAACUUUUUCAAAGAUGCUUGAAUUGAGUGAUAAGGGAAUAUGCCCACAUGAAGAAGUGAUUGAGAUGGUUAAUAUGGGAACCGAGGAGGAUCAAAGAAUGCUCAAAAUAGUAGAUAAUCCUGAAAGAGAACAAAUGAUUGAGUUGUUCAAAGAAUACAUAGAUGUGUUUGCAUGGUCAUAUAAAGACAUGCCUGGGCUAGACCCAAGCAUUGCUUCUCAUAAAAUACCAUUACUUCCCAAGGUCGAGCCUAAGAAACAGAAGUUAAGGAGAAUGAACACGGGGGUGUCCUUGCAAAUAAAAGAAGAAGUAAUAAAGCAGUUAGAAGCAGGAUUUUUGGAGGUAGUAACUUACCCACAAUGGGUGGCAAAUAUUGUUCCUGUUCCUAAAAAAGAUGGUCGGAUUCGAAUGUGUGUUGAUUAUCGUAAUCUAAAUAAUGCGAGUCCGAAAGAUGACUUUCCAUUACCCCACAUUGAUGUAUUGGUCGAUAAUACUGCUCGAAGCUAUCGCUAUUCCUUUAUGGAUGGUUAUUCAGGGUACAAUCAAAUCCCUAUGCAUGAAAGGGAUAAAGAGAAAACAACCUUUACAACCCAAUGGGGAACUUAUUGUUAUCGGGUAAUGCCUUUUGGUUUGAAAAAUGCUGGGGCAACUUAUCAACGAGCUAUGGUAGCACUAUUCCAUGACAUGAUGCAUAAAGAAAUUGAAGUAUAUGUAGAUGAUAUGGUAGCUAAAUCAGCGGAGAAUGAGAGUCAUGUUGGAGUCCUUAGAAAGCUAUUUGGGAGAUUACGCGAAUAUCGGCUAAGAUUGAAUCCUAACAAAUGCAUUUUUGGAGCUCUUUCUGGGAAGUUAUUGGGAUUCAUUGUGAGUCGUAAAGGGAUAGAAGUAGAUCCAGAUAAAGUGAGAGCAAUUCGAGAAAUGCCAUCUCCCCAAACAGAGAAAGAAGUUAGAAGUUUCUUGGGACGAUUGAAUUACAUUGCUAGAUUCAUUGCCAAUCUAACAGCCACUUGCGAACCAAUGUUUAAGCUGUUAAAGAAAAAUUGCAAGGAGACAUGGGAUGAUGAUUGUCAAAAGGCCUUUGAUAAAAUUAAAGAUUAUUUGUUAAAUCCCCCGAUUUUGGUACCUCCAUCACCAGAUCGUCCACUAAUCCUUUACCUAACAACUUUACCUCGCUCAAUGGGAGCAAUGCUAGGUCAACUUGAUGAUUCUGGAAAGAAGGAAAGAGCGAUUUAUUUCUUGAGCAAGAAGUUUAAUGAGUGUGAAGCUCGUUAUCCGGUGAUUGAGCGAACUUGUUGUGGACUAGUAUGGGCAACUAGAAGGCUAAGGCAAUACAUGCUUUACUACACUACCUGGCUAAUCUCACGAGUGGACCCACUUAAAUACAUCUUUGAGAGCCCGCACAUUGCUGGUAGAGUACUAAAAUGGCAAGUUGUACUAUCAGAAUAUGAUAUAAAGCAUGUGAUGCAAAAGUCAGUCAAAGGUAGUGCAAUAGCAGAUCACUUGGCCGAUAAUCCUUUAGGGGAUGACCAGCCAUUAGAUUUUCAAUUUCCUGAUGAAGGCAUAUGCACUACAGAAGAAGGUUGUGGUGAAGGAAACAAUGAAGAGCAAGAAUGGGAAAUGUAUUUUGAUGGAGCCGCCAACAUGCAUGGAAAUGGGGUAGGAGCGGUGAUCGUUUCACCAGAAGGAAAACAAUUUCCAGUGGCCAUCAAAUUAGAAUUUGAUUGUACUAACAACAUAGCAGAAUAUGAAGCUUGUGUUAAUGGUCUUCGAGCAGCUAUUACCCUUGGUAUACGGUGUUUGAAGGUAUUUGGUGAUUCAGCUCUCAUUAUUCAUCAAGUAACAGGAGAAUGGAGAACAAAGGAUGUAAAAUUGAUUCCCUAUCAAGAACUCCUAACAGAUUUGAUUAAGCAAUUUAAGGUUGCUAGCUUUCAUCACUUGACUAGAGAUAAAAACCGUUUCGCUGAUGCUUUAGCCACUUUAGCAGCAAUGAUCCAACUUGAUUGUGGAGUCCAUAUCCAACCCAUCCAAGUGGAAGCUAGAAGCUUUCCAGCGUACUGUCUGAAUGUUGAAGAAGAUCGAGAAGAAUAUCCUUGGUUCCAGGAUAUUAAGGAUUAUAUCACUAAGAGAUCAUACCCAGCUGGAAUGACUGAGAAUGAAAAGAAAACCCUUCGUCGUUUGGCUAUGACAUUCUUUAUCAGUCAAGAUGUUCUGUACAAGAGGGGUUAUGAUGGUACUUUACUUCGCUGUGUGAGUUCAGAAGAAGCAAAGAAAAUCAUGGUUGAGGUACAUGAGGGCAUAUGUGGCACGCAUGCGAAUGGUCACACUAUGGCCAAACAGAUUCAAAGGUGUGGCUACUUCUGGCUAACAAUAGAGAAAGAUUGCUUUGAGCAUGUCAAGAAAUGCCACAAAUGUCAGAUCUAUGCUAAUAGGAUAAAUGCUCCUCCAAUCCCAUUACAUAAUUUAGUAUCACCCUGGCCAUUCUCAAUGUGGGGCAUUGACAUUAUUGGCCCAAUUAACCCAAAAGCUUCGAAUGGACAUCGCUUCAUCCUUGUCGCGAUUGACUAUUUCACAAAAUGGGUAGAAGCAAAUUCAUUUGCUAGCAUCACGCAAAAGACGUUCCUUAAAUUCAUGAAGACAAAUAUUUUAUGCCGAUAUGGGAUUCCUGAAAGGAUCAUUACUGAUAAUGGUCCCAAUCUCAAUGGAACGGAAGUCAGGAACUUUUGCGAGAAGUUCCAAAUCAAGCAUCAUAAUUCAGCCCCGUAUAGACCUCAAAUGAAUGGAGCAGUUGAAGCAGCCAAUAAAAAUAUUAAGAAGAUCAUUGGAAAAAUGACAGUAACUUAUAAGGAUUGGCAUGAGAUGCUUCCCUAUGCUUUACAUGGUUAUCGUACUACUGCACGCACAUCCAUAGGGGUGACCCCAUACUCCCUUGUUUAUGGAAUGGAAGCUGUUACACCCAUUGAGAUAGAAAUACCAUCUUUAAGAGUAUUGGCAGAGGUAGAUUUAGAAGAAAAUGAAUGGAUACGAACCCGAUUUGAGCAACUUAACAUGAUUGAAGAGAAAAGGCUCAUUGCAAUGUGUCAUGGACAAUUGUACCAAAAGAGAAUGGCAAGAGCUUUUGAUAAAAAACUUCGCCCACGGGAAUUCAGUGCUGGGGAUCUUGUACUCAAGAAAAUAUUGCCUAACCAAGAAGAUAAUAGAGGCAAAUGGGCUCCGACCUAUGAGGGACCUUAUGUUGUCAAACAUGCCUUUUCUGGAGGAGCACUGAUCCUAGCUGACAUGGACGGUCAAGAGUUAGCAAAGCCCAUUAAUGCAGAUGCUGUCAAGCGUUACUUUGCUUAA